AUGCGGGUCUAUUUAAUGGUCUUCUGCCUUAUUUGCUGCACCGCGAACGGGCAAGUAGUGUAUUCUAUCGCCGAGGAAACGGAGCGUGGAGCGUCUGUUGGAAACAUAGCGAAGGAUUUAGGAAUAGACGCAGCUACACUUUCAGCUCGGAAAUGUCGCAUGAUCACCGGUUCAAGUAAGCAAUAUUUUUAUAUAAAUGCAAGCACGGGGGCUUUGUCUGUUAACGAGCCCAUAGACAGAGAGCAGCUUUGUGAAUUAAAGUCUACCUGUCUUCUGAGUUAUGAACUCGUGUUAGAAAACCCUCUAGAGCUUUAUAGGAUGGAAUUUAAAGUCUUGGACAUAAAUGACAAUUCCCCCAGCUUUUCCUUAAGUGACUAUCAUAUAAAUGUGCCUGAGUUCCUGUCACCCGGCGCACGGUUUACACUUCCCAACGCCCAAGAUCCCGAUGAAGGUACCAACAGUGUCCAGAAUUAUACUCUGAGCCCUGAUGAACAUUUCCAUUUAGAAAUGCAGACACGCGGGGAUGGGAGUAAAUAUCCUGAAUUGGUGCUGAAGAAAGCCUUAGACAGGGAGCAGCAAGCCACUCACAGACUUGUCCUUACAGCCAAAGAUGGUGGGGAUCCUCCAAAGUCUGGUGAUGUCCCGGUCAUUGUAACUGUGCUGGAUACCAAUGACAAUGCACCAGAAUUUGAGCACUCAGUCUACAGGGCAAAUAUCUUGGAAAACUCCCCCAGUGGCACAUUGGUAGUGCAAGUGCAUGCCACGGACUUGGAUGAAGGUCCAAAUGGAGAGGUCAGGUAUUCAUUUAGCAACAUUACUUCUGCUGAUCUACAGCGAAUGUUCUUAAUUCACCCGCACACUGGGGAGGUGACAGUCAAUGGCAUUUUAGCUGUUCAGAGACCUCUCCUCGAGAUGUUUAUCGAGGCAAGGGAUAACGGGGCAUUUGGCAUGUCCAGCACAGCUAAGCUGCUGGUGGAAAUCAUUGAUGUGAACAAUCAUGGCCCAGAGAUAACAAUUACAUCCCUUUCCAGUCCCAUUCCUGAGGAUGCUGUUCCUGGCACAGUGAUAGCUCUGCUGAGUAUUAUGGAUAAGGACCCUGGGGAGAAUGGGAAAGUAACCUGCCAGAUCCCUGAUAACCUUCCGUUCCAGUUAAAGCCUUCCCUUGAAAACUACUACAGCCUGGUCACCAGUGGGCUUCUGGACCGAGAGCUGAUCAGUGGGUACAACAUCACCAUUACUGCCACAGACUUGGGCUCUCCACCCAUCACCACUCAGAAGACCCUUUGGGUGCAGAUUUCUGAUGUGAAUGAUAACCCCCCUGUCUUCAGUGCUGACACGUUUGAUGUGUUUGUGGAGGAGAACAAUCCACUCGGUGCUUUUCUCUACCAGGUCUCAGCAUCUGACCCUGAUAUGGGGGAGAACGGACGGGUCUCUUACACGCUCAGGAAUUCCACAGUUGCAGGCAGUGCCCUGGCCAGCCUUUUGUCUGUGAGCUUGGCCAACGGGAGCAUCUAUGCAAAACGUGCCUUUGACUUUGAGCAGCUUAGGAGCUUCUAUUUCCAAGUGGAAGCCAAGGACAAUGGGUCACCAGCCUUGAGUGCUGCCAUAACUGUGAAUGUUUACAUCUCAGACCAGAAUGAUAAUGCCCCAGCCAUCCUGUACCCCAUCAGUCAGAAUGGUUCAGUAGCUGUGGAAGUUGUGCCCCGCCUGGCUGAUGAGGACUACCUGGUGACUAAAGUAGUGGCGGAUGAUGAGGACAAUGCGCAGAAUGCCUGGCUCUCCUAUCACCUCGCCCAUUCCUCCGACUCCACCCUGUUCCACUUGGCACCGCACUCUGGUGAGCUGCGCACCACACGCUCCUUGCGCUCCACUGACUUCCUCAAGCACAAGGUGGUUGUGGUGGUGCGGGACCACGGGGAUCCGCCGCUCUCCUCUACUGUGACGGUGGGCAUCCUGCUGGCUGACACCCUGCCUCAGGCACUGCCAGACUUCGAUGACAGUGGGGAGCCACCACCACUGCUCAACACUACAAACAUCUACUUGAUCGUUUCCCUUGCCUGUGUCUCCUGCAUCUUUGCGGCAUUCCUCCUCUUUCUUGCCAUUGUGCGGCUGUGCCGCUGCCGGACUUGCUGCUGCGGCGGCUGCUGCUGUCCAGCUGAUGAGUAUGAAAAGUAUUGCUAUAGCGUGCACAUGCUUCCCAGCUCCCACCUCCCACCAGACAUGCUGGAGGUCACUGGUGUGGGUAAACUGACUCACACCUACUUGUACAGGGCAUCUGUAGGUCUUGGGCCUAGUAACAGCAGCAUCCCAAACGGUGAUGCUGGGAACAUUCCCGGCAGCUCAAGGUUACAAGUGCCAGGACCCUGCAUCCAAGUGCAGCAGGUCCAAAGUGAUCGGUUGAGUGCUGUCCUCGUGCCGAAACACCCCAAUCCUGACUGGCGCUACUCUGCAUCCCUAAGGGCAGGAAUGCAAAGUGCUGUGCAUAUGGAGGAGGCAGGAAUCCUACGUGGAGGACCAGGAGGGCCUGAUCAGCAGUGGCCAACAGUCUCCAGUGCUACUCCAGAACCUGAGGCGGGAGAGGUGUCCCCCCCAGUGGGAGCUGGUGUGAACAGCAACAGCUGGACCUUUAAAUUUGGACCGGGCAAUCCCAAACAAGGUGGUCCUGAAUCUAAAAAGCAGACACAAGUUUCCUUUCUCCUACGCCGAAAAGGAGAAUCUUCACAGUACAGCCAGUGAGAGGUUGGACUCUGCACUGUGGUUCCUGUGCUCCUGUCUUGAUGACACUUACAGGACAGGUUUAAAAGUUUUAAUGUUGUGCACCCUCUAUCUGAUUGAAAAUAUUUGUGUGCAGAUGUCAGCUAGGUGAUAUGAGAUCAGAUUAUAAAAUGCAAGAAGAGCUGGUAAAUAUGCAACAGAGGAAACACCUAAUGAACACAAAUGUUCACAGAUGUUCAGGCUGGGGAGGAAAUGACUGAAAGGAGAUGACCAGACUUUUCAAAUCUUGAGAAGUCACUGUGUGGGAAUACUGAGUUCUAUACAUGACGUAUUGUACACACUCCUGCAAAUAAAACCUCACAUUUACAGCUCUUUAAGAUACCAUAAAUUUUAUCUCUUGUCAAGCAAGCCAUUGGGAAAAUUGUCCCUUAAAGCCCUGCAUUACCCUGGCAAGGCUAGCCCUCAGAGUGUAAGGAGGGCUGGGCUGACAUCCCAGGAAUGUAACUGACUGUGAUGCUCUGUGUCCCUAUUUCCACUCUAACAUUAUUUUGCACAUUAUGUCUCUGAAAAGGUCAGAGUUUUUCCACGACACUUAUGCAAAAGAGAGAAAAAAGAAACGUUAACUAUGCUAUUUGUUAUUUGAGAUAUUUAUUUAUAAAGAAAUAUAGCUGUAAAUGUUAAAGAAAUAUGAUGCCCUUUAACCCAAACAGAAGUCAAUCUAGAGCCAUUAUAAAUUACAAUUGCUGCUAUUAAAGUGCUUUAGAAAAAUUGCCUGAAACAUCUGUAUUAUAUCGGCCACUUGCCAAUAACAGCUUUAUUCUGUCGGGUGACUUGGGGGCUGCCUCUUGCAUGUAUUAGUAAAUACAAGAAUAUCUUCUUUUUUUUUGCAUUAAUCUGCACUUUGAAUACACCUUUGCAAACAAACUGUCCUAAUACGAAGAAGCAGAAGCAAACUCCUCACACAAAUGGAUUUACUGACCUGCUAGCUCUGUGCAGUACGUUGGUGUUACCUCCCACACAACCUUUUCUGAUUUUAGUUUUACUUUUCUAUGAGAUUAUGAAUUUCUGACCCUACUAACACCCAUUAUGUAAAAUUCAAGUACUGUAUGUAUGCUGUAUGCUCUUAUAAGAAUCCUGAAAUAUAUAUUCUGUGCUUGUGUAUGUGAAUGUCAAUGCAACUAUUAUUAGAGUGGACUUUAAGCUUUACCGUUGAAUGUAAUUUCAUUAUUUCUUUUUUGUACACUUGUGAAAAAGUGGAGUAGUGUUAAUUUUUUAAGCGACUGUUGAUUAUCAGUUUUUUGUGUAUGAAACACAAGUAAAAUACCUUUCUUAAAUCAA